AUGCUACCGAAACCAAUACAAUUGGCGGACCUGGUGACGAAAUCGGCCGACGAUGCCAUCACUUUCCGACAAGAAUGUUUAGAAAUCAAAGCCAAGACGGAGGAACUCGCCAACUUGCUCCGUCAGGCGGAUCACGCCAGUAUUAACGCUUUUUACGAUCGUCCAACCCGGCGGAUCAUCUACGGGACGGAACAAGUUUUGGACGAAACUCUAAUCCUGAUUCUCAGAUGCAAGGCCAGAGGCCUGAAACGCGUAUUCAACAUUCAUAACUACUCUCAACCUAGAAGACUCUCCCGACAGCUUCAGGAUUCCAUAGGUGACGUGUCGCGGCUCCUCCGGUUACCGGUUCCGGCCCACGGCCCUGGCAAUGCGUUCUUCAUCGGGCUGCCUCCGAUCAUCAUAAAAGAACCAACCCUCUGCCUGGUUUGGGAACAAAUUGCCAUCAUCAACUCAGGUUCGGUUGAGGAACGAGCCGAAGCUGUCGGUUUGUUGGUUUCCAUAGCGCGAGAAAACGACUGGUUCGGGAAUCUGAUCAGGAAGGAAGGUGGGAUCCCGCCGUUGUUGAAGGCGGCCGAGGAAGGAAGCUUGGAAGGUCAGGAAAAUGCUGCGAGGGCGAUUGGUUACUUAGGAAGGGACCCUGAAAUCGCGAAACAGAUGUUGGAAGCCGGGGUUUCUUUGGUGUUUGCGAAAAUCCUGAAAGAAAGUCGCAUGGAAGUUCAGGUUAUGGUGGCCUGGGCCAUCUCGGAAUUGGCUGCUAAUUAUCCUGAUUGUCAAGAUCAUUUUGCCCAGAGUAACAUUAUUUCUUUGCUGGUGAGUCAUCUCACUUUUGAGACAAUUCAGGAGCACGGCGAAAUGUCGGUCCGCGCCAAUCGAGAAGAAGAAAUGCAAAAUCAAGUGCACAACGUGGCGACCGACGCCGUAGACCUCAAAUCAGGCCCAGAAACAGGUCUGAGCACAGAAGGGAGGGAUUUUCAAGAUCCGAUUAUAAAAGCACAGAUGAAGGAAAUGGCUGCCAAGGCACUUAGGUACCUUUGCAAAGGAAACGUGACAAUCUGUCGAAGCAUUACGGAAUCUAGCGCGCUGUCAUGCUUUGUAGUCCUGUUAGAAAAGUCCAAUGACAAAAUCCAGCACCAUUCAGUCAGGGCAUUGAUGGAAAUCACGGCAGUUGCCGAAGACAACCUUGAACUCCGACAAUCCGCCUUCAGCACUACUUCCCCGGUGGUCGAGCUGCUAUCGAACAGUUCAUCCGAAUCAUCGGGAAGAAGGUCUGACCCUCCUGAUUCCCAGCAUCAGGUCGAUUGGAAACCUGGCGAAGACUUUUCGGGUGACAGAAACACGGAUCAUCAGGCCGCUGGUUAA